CUCUACUUGACCAGUAAAUACAACAAUAUUAAUCAAAAUAAAAUCGUAUAAAACCGUAAUACAAAAUAUUUAUUCAGAUGAUAAUAAUAAUAUUAAUAUUAAUUGCUGCUAUUAAUUAAAAUAUACCACUGUUUAUGGCCAUCACAUUGAUACGGACUGGACUAGUUUAUUUGAAUAAAUAGUAAGGUUUGAUCUUGAGAAAUAAAAUUUUAGUUUCAUGUUAUUAGUGAUAAGAGUUGGACACACAAGAUGAUCGAAUUUAAUGUUUUCAAAACGUGGUCUAAAAUAGAUAAUAAUUUGUUACGAUUUAGAAAGAUAGGAUUUAAUACCACUACUAAAGAAGGACCAGAGCCAGUCACUAAAGGCAUCUCUAAUCAUCAAGAAACAACAGAAGCAAAGAUAACUUUACCGGAAAAACAAUUUAAAGAGAGAAGAUCACUUUUAACUGAACUAUUCGAUGAUAAUGUACACGUGAAUGGCGUUUACAAGUUAAUAAUAUUAUUUUUUAGCAUUUCUGUUUUAACAUAUAUAUUGAAGGAAUUCAUACAUCAUGGCAGAUUUCCCAUGGCACUUAUUUUAAUUUAUAAUAAAUUUGGAAAAAUAGAUGUAGUACUCUCAUUUUGGAUAGUGAAUAAUAUUUUGACAAUCUCAAUGUAUUACUGUUUUUUAUUUUGGGAAAAAAUUAGACAGAAAGUUGCUAAUACACAAAAAUGGGAUGGUUUUUGCAUAAUUAUAUUGGUGACGUACUAUGUACUAUCAUUUUAUAUUACGUCAUCUAUAAUCAAUAAAUUUGAUUUACCAUUUGCUUCAGCUAUGAUUUUGAGCAUGGAAUCGGUACGAUUUUUGAUGAAAAUUCAUGCAUUUGUUAGAAGUAAUGUUGGAAACGUAUUAAAUAAACGAUCUGAUUAUAAAAAUGGAGUUUACUGUCCACCGGUUUCAAAAUUUAUAUAUUUUUUGUAUGCUCCUACUGCAGUAUACAAAAAUGAAUAUCCAAGAACAGCAUCGAUCCGGUGGAACUUUGUAUUAUACAGAAUGCUUGAAAUAUUGGCAAUAACGGUUUUCUAUGCCAUAUGCUUUGACAAUAUAGCUAAACCACUUUUUGAGGACUCCUGUAUGAAUAAAGUGACGCUUUUGGAUUUACUCAUAAAAAUAUUAGAAUUUUCUGUUCCAUCUUCCGUAAUCUUAAUUGGGGUGUUUUUUACUCUAUUACAUUCUACCCAAAAUCUAGUUGGAGAACUACUUGGUUUUGGUGACAGGAUGUUUUACUCCGAUUGGUGGACCUGUACAGAUUUACAACAGUAUUAUAAAAAGUGGAAUAUGGUAAUCGGCGAUUGGUUAUACACAUACACGUACAAAGAUAUUAAUAUUAUAAUGUCUAAUACACCAAAAACAAGAGAUUUUGCAAAGUUAGUGACGAUUGUGCUCUCCGCUUUGGUUCACGAAUGGAUCUGUACAGUAACCACAGGAUAUUUUUUUCCUAUAAUUCUUGCCUCUAUGAUAAUAAGUGCACUAUUAUGUGUCCAUUUAAAAGUUCAAAAUAGAACCAAUGUAAAAAAUACGAUAGCUUUACUUAUUUUUAUUAUGGGAUCAAGUAUUAUAAGUUCACUUUAUGGUCUUGAAUAUUUUGCUAGAGAGAAUUUGAAUAUGCAAAAUAAUUUGCUGCCAGUUUUUCUUACACAGAAUUGUAUUAGUUUAUAUUAAAUUAUAUGUAGAAAAAAUGGCUCCAUGACAGAACAGCUCAGGACAAAAUGGCGCAGGAAAAAAUAGCGCAGACAAAAUACAUUAAGGACUAAAUAGCGCAAGAGAAAAUAACGCAAUGAAAAAAUAGCGCAGGACAAAACAACGCAGGAUAAAAUAGCGCAGGACAUAAAAGCGCCUGUCAAAAUAUUCCGGUAUUCUAAUUGGUAAUUAAAAAAAACCCUAAACUAAUUUACCUAACCUGUGCGGCCUGAAGCAAUAUACAGCAACCCAUUAUGGCUCCAGGCCGCCCAGGUUAGGUAAGUUAUUUUAAAUUUUUUUAAUUUUAGUUAAAAUAUAUAUAUUUUGUCACUCGUUAAUUUGUUACACUUUUUUGAAAAAUCACU